AUUCACAGGAUCCCUGACAACCAAAGUGCGGAGGCUACUUUCAUUCUUUUGGGCUUCUCAGAAUAUCCAGACCUCCAGGUUCCCCUGUUCCUGAUAUUCUUAACCAUCUACAUCAUCACUGUGAUAGGAAAUCUGGGCAUGAUUUUCAUUAUCAAGAUCAAUCCCAAGCUCCACACCCCGAUGUACUACUUCCUCAGCCACUUAUCCUUUGUUGAUUUCUGCUACUCUACAGUCGUUACACCCAAACUAUUAGAGAACUUGGUUGUGGAAGACAGAACCAUCACUUUCACAGGAUGCAUUUCUCAGUUCCUCUUUGCAUGUGUAUUUGUGGUGACAGAUGUAUACUUGCUGGCUGUGAUGGCCUAUGAUCGAUUUGUGGCCGUCUGCAGACCUCUGCUCUACACAACUGCAAUGUCCCAGAAGCUCUGUGCCAUAUUGGUGGGUGCAUCAUAUACUUGGGCUUCAAUCGGUACCCUGACUAUCACUUACUUUCUAGUGAAUUUAUCUUUCAAAGGGAAAAAUAUCAUAAAGAACUUUUUCUGUGAAUAUGCUGCCAUCCUCGCUGUCUCUUGUUCUGAUCCCUACAUUGUCCAGGAGAUCACUGUCGUAUAUGCUCUCUUCAAUGAAGUAACAAGUCUGACGAUCAUUGCUACUUCCUACGCCUUUAUAAUUAUUACAGUCAUGAAGAUGUCUUCUACUGGGGGGAGGAAGAAAGCCUUCUCCACCUGUGCUUCCCAUAUCAUGGUCAUUACCAUCUUCCAUGGAACCAUCCUCUUUCUCUACUGUGUUCCUAACUCCAAAAAUUCAUGGCUCUUGGUCAAGGUGGGCUCUGUCUUUUACACAGUGGCAAUCCCCAUGCUCAACCCACUAAUCUAUAGUCUCAGGAACAAAGAUGUGAAAGAAACUGUCAGGAAGUUUUUCCAUACAAAAUUGUACUGUGACAAAAUGUAA